AUGAAUAACUGAUCUGAUAGGUGGCGGGGGACCUAACAAAAAAGACCGGGGGGGGGGGGGGCGGCCAAGCUAGCAAUCUCCGAUUCAAUCCGAUGGAGCGCGUGAGAAGGGCUGCGCACGCCGGUUCCUGGUACACCGACAAUGCCAGGAAACUGGAAGAGGAACUCGAUGGUUGGCUGAGGGCAGCUGAUCUAACCAAGUCUCCUGAUGUUAGGGCGGUAAUUGCACCUCAUGCUGGUUAUUCAUACUCGGGGCGCUGUGCAGCUUAUGCUUUUGGCAACAUUGAUCCAACUAAUAUUUCUCGGGUGUUUCUGCUUGGCCCUUCUCAUCACUACUACACCCCAAAAUGUGCUCUAACCAGAGCUACUGUCUAUAGCACCCCGAUUGGGGAUUUGCCAGUAGACCAGGAAGUCAUCGAGGAACUCACCGCUACCGGAAAGUUUGAAUUUAUGGACCUUAGUGUGGAUGAAGCUGAACAUAGCAUGGAAAUGCAUUUGCCUUACCUUUCUAAAGUCUUUCAGGGCCAUACUAUAAAAGUUGUCCCUAUCCUUGUUGGUGCCCUUAGUUCCCAAAAUGAAGCCAUGUAUGGACAGCUGCUCUCUAAAUAUGUCGAUGAUCCAAAGAACUUUUUUUCUGUGUCGUCAGACUUUUGCCAUUGGGGAUCCCGGUUUAGUUAUACAUACUACGACAAGAAACAUGGUGCCAUUCAUAAAUCUAUCGAGGCCUUGGACCGUAUGGGCAUGGAGAUCAUAGAGACCGGUGAUCCCGACACGUUCAAGCAGUACUUGCAGGAGUAUGAGAACACCAUAUGUGGACGCCACCCCAUCAGUGUUUUCCUUCAUAUGUUGAAACAUUGCUCGAUGAAAAUUAAGAUUGCCUUUAUUCGCUACGAGCAGUCAAGCCAGUGCAAGAGCAUGAGGGACAGCAGUGUGAGCUAUGCAUCGGCAGCAGCGAAGGUUGAUAUACCAGGGGAAGAAGAGUACAAGGAUUGAGCGAGCUACGGUUUGUUUGGUGUAGUCGCAAAACCUUUGUGUAACGUUUAUGAUUGCACUGGAGCCGUCUAUCAAACUUUGUAGGAUAAUUGGCUCUAUGCCCGUUUGUAAUAACAGGCCCUGGUUGAAGGCCGAUCGUUGCACUAAGGAGACACCGUGAUACUAGACAAUUAGUAGAACUCUUAUUUCAGGAUGUAUUUCUCAUGUGUCUACACUAUUCUACUUACUGAGACGCAUGAGGUAUCUUAAAAGUCUUGAAUUCGGGCGAUUUUUUUGUUUUAA